AUGCCACGUCAUUUUAGCAUCAGCGCGAUCUUCCGCCAUUACCACCGCCCAAAGAAAGAGGAAGAGGAUAUGGAAGUUGAGGUAGUCAAGGUCCAGGUAGCCAGCCCUGAACCCAUGCAGCCCAAGGACCACCCGCUCCCAAUCGCCAUUCCUGGUACCACCAAGGAACGCCAGACCGCCCGACCCCCAGCCUCCACCGCCAACUGGACCAAUUCAUCCAGCAUACCAGCUCCCCGGCGGCCCUCGGACUCCUACCGUACGGCCGACGUGCCGCAGCCCACAGUACACAACAGUCUUAAGCGGCAGCCGUACCGCGAGGUUAGCUGGACAAACACGGGCUUGCCCGACAACUACUACACAAUUGUCGCGAAUUCGCCGACCAAGCAGUCGCCAGUGCAGCCGGAGACGUCGCGCAAAAUUCCGCUAGACUAUAAGCGCAAGACCGGCGCUGCCCGAAGGGCAUCAUAUGCAGAUGCCUCAUCGGUGCUCGGGUCGUUCUCAAUGAUGGGCAUCAGCCAGUCGCCGGGCUCAGACAUGGGGGGAUUGGGCCAGAUCGUCGGGGAGGCGAACAAGCAGGAGAAGCGGAGGGACAGCGGCAUUCCGCGCAACGAGGCCGUGAGCAUGUAUGCAGGUAGUCCGCGCCGCCUUUCAAUCUCCGUGGCCCGGCCCAAGGGCAGCGACGACCCGCAGUACGCACGGUCCCUGGACAUGGGCCAGGCCCGGCGCCAUUCGGCCUCAAAGUCCAGACUGCAUCUGCCGCAGUACCACGGCCGCCGCCACGACUCGCUCCGCGGCGACCACUACCGCAUCAGCGACGAAAUCACAAUCCAGCCCGAGCUGCACCCAAACGGCGGGCUCGGCGGAUACCAGGACGUGCAGCGCAAGUCGGCCAUUGGCGGAUACCGCAAUGUCGCCAGGUUUGCAGACAUCGGCAACGACAGGUUUGUCAAGAAGACGAUCUACUACAAAAAGUUCGAGUUCGACGAGGACAUCGGCGGGCCGCUGAACCACCCGAAGCCGUCGAUGAUCGGCGGGCCGCUGUACAAUCCCAGGCGCUCCUUGAUUGGCCACCCGAGCGCCCGCAAUCAAAAAGAGCCUGCAGUAAAUGCUUAG